CUUUCUCUCCUUUUUUCUUUUUUAAUUUAAAGCUUGUAAUGACUUCUUCUUCUUCAGUAGCUGCAUUUGAGCUAUUCACGUUACCAACCCAAGUAGACAUCAGUGGUCCCUUUUGGACUAAAUUAAAGGAGAAUGACUACUUUGUUCUACAACAAGCAAAGACUCAAAAGAGUGGACUAAUGAGAAGUGUUUUAGGCACAUUACAAAAUGUCUUGGACACGAAGCAAUCACCUUAUCGUAUAUUAUACAAGCGGCUAAAUGGUACAAACCUUCAGUUGGCUGUAGCAGAAACAGAAAAGAAGGCUGAUAUUGCUUGGGAAUGGAUUGAUAUUAAUAUCGCACCUCAACUUGGCAGCUUAGAUCAUGAUGAAAGAGAACCAUUUGUAGUUACUAAAAUUAACUCGAUUGUUACACGUAGAGACUCUGGAACAGACGAAAUAUCAGCUGAUGAGAAGGUUAGAAAAGCUUCGAGAAGUUUUAGACAAACAUUUGAUGUCUCUCCUUCUGAAAGACUUGUUAACUAUUAUUCAUGUGCGUACCAUACCAAUCGAUUUACGAGUCAAGGAUGGCUUUAUAUCAGCGAAAAUUAUUUGGCUUUUUACUCAUUUCUACUUGGCUAUGAGACAAAAGUGUUGAUCGAACUAAAAGACAUACAAGAUAUCAAAAAAGAAAGAUCGAAGCGUGGUGUGUUCCCUGAUGCUAUCAAGACAGUCUUGAAAGAUAAGACCGAACACUUUUUCUCCAACUUAUUCAAGAGAGACGAAGUAUAUGAUAUGCUCGUGCAAUUGACCGGAUUGGCCAUGCAGCGUGUAUUAAAGAACACAUCCACUCAUCACUCGGUUGCUAGAGACGACUCAUCAGAUGAAAAAGUAGAAAUUGAAAAAUUCAUGCAGCCAUUGAAAACAAACCUUGAAGCACAGAAAAGGGACGAAAGAUUCAGGGCAAGAUUUCGAUUGCCGCUAAGCGAACACUUACAGUCAUCUAUUCAUGCGACGCUUGUCACAAAAGAGGCUAAAUCUGCAGAUCACACAGGCAAACUGAGCUUAUCCGAGGCUUACCUUACUUUCAAUGACCAUGCAAAGUUUGAAAUUGUCAUGCCGUUGUACACUAUUCGUUGUGUAGAAAAAGUAACAGAUAGACCCAAGGUGUACGGUAUCAAGAUUAUCAAUUGGCAUCAAGCCGAAUCUAUAUUUCAUUUGGACGCAAACAAAGAGGAGCGGGAACAGUUCUCGGUGGCAUUAACCAACAACUUGAAAAACCAAGUUAAGCACAUGAAAAUGAUGAAGAGGUUUUUAAAAACAUGUCCAUCUGAGGCAGUUAUGGUUGAAAGAGACUUGACCUUGGUUCCUGGAGGAUUAGGUCUAACCUUUGGAUUUCCAGGGGAUCCUAAAAAGCUCAAAGAGAAAAGUAAGAUGAAGUUGUGGAAGCAGUAUUUUGAAGGUCAUGGUAGGAACUUGACACUAUCAAAGACCCCUCAAUUUGCAAAGUUGAUUCGGGUUGGUUUACCAAAUAAGCUAAGAGGAGAAAUAUGGGAAGUUUGCUCUGGUGCUAUCUACGAACGGUUCAUGAACCAAGGACUGUACGACAAAAUCUUGGAAGAGAACAAAGAGAAAACCUCAUUAAGCCUUGAAGAAAUCGAGAAAGAUCUAAAUAGAUCCUUACCCGAGUACAAAGCGUACCAGCAAUCGGAAGGUAUUGAUCGACUUCGAAGAGUGCUUGUUGCCUACUCUUGGAAAGAUCCUGAGCUGGGAUACUGUCAAGCUAUGAAUAUAGUAACUUCUGCAAUCUUGAUAUACAUGAGUGAAGAACAAGCGUUUUUUACACUUGGUGCUUUAUGUGACGACUUGUUGCCUGGUUACUAUAGCACUUCCAUGUAUGGUGCCUUGCUCGAUCAAAUCAUUUUUGAGCAUUUACUGGAAAAGACGAUGCCCAAGCUGCAUCAACAUUUCAAGGAAGCCGAUAUUCAACUCUCUGUUGCUUGCUUGCCAUGGUUCUUGAGUCUUUAUAUCAAUUCGAUGCCACUGCUAUUUGCAUUUAGAAUUCUCGACUGUUUCUUUAUGGAGGGACCCAAGGUGCUGUUCCAGAUAGGUUUGGCUAUAUUGAAAAUUAAUGGGGAUGAUCUAUUACAAGCAACUGACGACGGAACAUUUAUGAAUAUACUGAAGAACUACUUCAACAGUCUUGACGCACCAUUAUAUCCAAACUCUGAUAACCCCAAAGCAAAGAAUUUGACGAAAUUUAAUGAGUUAUUACUUGUUGCUUACCGAGAAUUCAGCAGUAUUACCGAUGAACUCGUACGAGAACUAAGGCAGACACAUCAGCUUAAGGUAGUUGCAGGCAUCGAAUCAUUUACGAAAAGAUCAGCUAUACGUAAUAUUGCGGAUACAGCUGGACUGGACAAAGAGGAACUCGGAAUCAUCUAUGACAAAUUCAAUAAUGUAUUGUAUUACCAUCAACGUGAACACACUGAAAUGAAUCUCGAGUCAUUUGAAAUAUUCAUUGGUUCCCUCGCUUCAUGGGCCAAAAUGGAUGCGGAAGAUCAACAGCCUGACCGAGAAAGACAACUCAAGGUCGCACGAAAUUUCAUUAGCCAACUGUUUAACAAGUUUGAUAUCCAGCAAAAGCAAAGUAUUAGCUUACAAGACGCCAUCAUAGGUAUUGGAUCCAUCUGCAAAGGAGACCUCAAUACCCAGUUAGAGCUUUUUUUCAAACUACAUGAUGUAGAUAAAGAUAACUACUUGGACAAUAAUGAGAUUGUUCAACUUUCUGAGACUCUUCUUUGGAUCUUCAGACGAACUAAUGAUGAAGAACAUCUUAAUUCAGUGUCUACCUUUUUACACAACGCAUUUGAAUAUGCAGAAGCAAGAGACGAAAACAAGUAUUUAUCAUUGGCAUCUCUGAGAAUGAUCGUACUUGCUGAUGAAACACUGGAAAACUUUUUUGACCACGUAUUCUCACAGUCAUUCCAAUUGACUGAGAAGCCAAUUGAGCAGCAAAAGAGUCUAGGAAGAGAGAUUUUUGAUAAUUUAUUAGCCACCGGUGCGAAAUUGGCAGCGACUACUCGACCACAACUAAGAUCAAAAUCUACUGAUAAUUCAGGUACCUCUGUCAGUAACAUGACCAGUCCAGAAAUAUCAACGACAAAAUCAGAAGAAGUGAUUGAAGAAAAAGAACAUAAAGAAGAAAAAGAUGAUGAUGAUGAAGCUAAACAUGUGAUUGGAGAAGAUAGUUCUGAUGAAGAAGACCUUAGUCCAGAUGUACUUGAAGAGGUCGAUAGGUUAUUAAAAGAGUAUAGUGAUGAAGAAUAAAUGUAGUACAGUGCUCACGAUACCAAUUUACGAACUUUUCACGCCUUUCAUUUUCUCAAGUUGAGGGUUUGUGAUGCCUAAUUCGCGCUUUCUUUUUUUUUCAAUUUGCAUUUUUACUAAAGCAUGGACAGUGAUUGGAAGUCAUACUUGUCCCAAUGGUACACGUCUUGAAGUAUGUAUCCACGAGUGAUAAAGAGUAUAAGUGAUAAUCGAAGCCCAUAAUUUGAAGGAAUAUAGCCAAUAAUCGUAAGGAUAUGAUUAAGGUGGCAGUUGGCGGCCAUCACAGCCUUAAGUUAUCUGAAUAGAGCUUGCUCUGUGUUGUUGCU